GGUCCCGGCUCGGCGGCCGUAAGUCUAUGUCGGCGGCCGAGGAGGCGGCGGCGGCGGCGGCGGGGGACGAUGCGCGAGUACAAAGUGGUGGUGCUGGGCUCGGGCGGGGUGGGGAAAUCCGCCCUCACUGUGCAGUUUGUGACCGGCACCUUCAUCGAGAAAUACGACCCCACCAUCGAGGACUUCUACCGCAAGGAGAUUGAGGUGGACUCGUCCCCGUCCGUGCUGGAGAUCCUGGACACGGCGGGCACGGAGCAGUUCGCCUCCAUGCGGGACCUGUACAUCAAGAACGGCCAGGGCUUCAUCUUGGUCUACAGCUUGGUCAACCAGCAGAGCUUCCAGGACAUCAAGCCCAUGCGGGACCAGAUCAUCCGAGUCAAGCGGUAUGAGAAAGUACCAGUAAUCUUGGUUGGGAACAAAGUGGACCUGGAAAGUGAGAGAGAAGUAUCUUCAAAUGAGGGAAGAGCCUUGGCUGAAGAAUGGGGUUGUCCCUUUAUGGAGACGUCUGCUAAAAGUAAAACAAUGGUGGAUGAGCUCUUUGCAGAAAUUGUUAGACAAAUGAACUAUGCCGCUCAGCCAGACAAAGAUGAUCCAUGCUGUUCUGCGUGUAACAUACAAUAGCAUUUAAAAAUGGACAUGUCCUGGACACAAUUUACUCAAUUUUUGUAGGUGGUAAAAAUCCUGUCUGCUUUACUGCCUGAUUUGCAAGGAUGUGUGGAAUGAAUCUACAGUGAAGUUACAUACUUAUUCAGAGCUAAGCAGUGAUUGUCAAUCAGUGUCUCUGAAUACAUUUGGGUUCAGUAACUACAUUUUUCACUACCGUCCUCAGUCUCCCUUAUGCACCUGCAACUCGAAGGCGUAGCCAGUUAAUCUACAGGGUGAUCUCAUUUGAAAGAUAUGUUGGCAUUGUCCCAGACAGCAGAAAGUAUUGCAUAAAUUGGGAAUAUUCUCGAGGGAGAAAUGAGAAGACCUGCAAUGAUCAUUCAAAAUUAAAAUAUUUGUUCUGUUUUGGGGGGUUUUUUUGUUUUUUGUUAAUUUUUUUUUUAAGAGAAAAAUAUACAAAUACAGAAUUUUAGGACUUAUAGUAAGUGCUUCUGGCCACGUUAACUCAUUCAAGUAAAGCAGGAUCAACCAUACUGCUGACAGCAUUAUAGGGGACAUUCUCUAUGAGGCUGGCAUAUUAUUUCUUGUUUGCAAAAUCGAUGCUGUUAGUUGUAUAUUUUAUCCUAGUCUGUGACAUGGAACUCAUUGCACCAGUCCUUGAAAAUGAGAGGUCUGAACAGGUUGUGGAAAAUGCAGUCUGGUUUUAUAAUGUGUUAAAUCAUCUGCUUUGCUACUGAAAAUGGAAGAUCUCUUCAGGUUUUGUUCAGAUAAAAAAAAUAAGCAAACAAGCCUCUGUUUACAAAGCAGGAAAUGUCUUUAUCACUUUACUGAACAUGGAGGAAGCAACUAUGAUGAAAAGAAAUUGCUUAGCCUUACUAACAAGGAGCAUUUUAGUAGACUAACUAGUACCAUCUUGUAAGGAAAAUGAAGCCAUGUUGCAUCCAGAUGUUCCCAUUUGCAGAAACCUCAUGGGACAGUACAGACAUUCUGCAUUUUUAAGUUUGUUAAGACAACAAAAUGUUUUUUGCCUUUAAGGGCUAUGGUUUUUGGUGUGAUCCCAAGCUAACUUUCUUUCAAAAUCAAGUUUGCUGUUCCAGAGCUUUAAUGUUGACAUUUUGAAAAAUUGAAUAACCAUGUGAAACAAUUCUGGCUUAAAGGUAGGAUAUAAGUUGUAGGAUAAUAAGUAAGGGAUGAAAAAUCUUUUAUCUCUAAUUUUCCUGAUGUGCUCUACAAAGGUUCUCCUGCACCAAUUUUGCCCUGAUUACUGAAGUGGCAAAUAGAGUGGGAGUGAAUAUUUUGUUUUGAAAAGGUGCUCAAGCUCUGACAUUUUUAGUUUUCAUAGCUGUGAAGUAUUUAUCAUUUGCAUGACUAAUGGCACAGAAAUACCUAUUCAAAGUUUUACAAUCAAGUGUAGAUGAUUUUUCAAUUUUGAGCUUCAGAGUUUUAAAUGCUGAAGAGAUUUUCUUGAGUUGGUCCUCUGUAGAUAAAUUUGGCCUUCAAAACUGCAAAAUCACUGAGCCUGUGGUCUACAUGCCACCCUGUAUUUCACUGGUGUCACAAUCUCAUGUAGUAACUCUAGUUUUUUGUUAGGUAAUGAAAGGGUGUGUGCUUGUAUGCGUGCAUAUAUAUAUUAGUUGCCUUCCAAAAUUUGGCACAAAGUUAAGAGACACUAACUAGCCUCUUCUAAAAAUCUGUCCUUUAGAUUUGUCUCAAGGACUGUAUUAGCUUUAUUUCUUAAAUUAUUUUAGAGCAUUUUUUGAAUAAAAAAACUCCCAUGUCUCAUGUGAAUAAUUUAUAUCAGAGUGUUUGGUGAUUGGCAAAAAUUCAGCAGAUGGAAAAGACCUGGUCAGACUAUUCUCAGUUAGACUUCUUGUCUUCUGAGAAAAGGGAAAGGAUGCAUGUGUAAAAAUCAGUAUUUAGUUCUAAUCAGUCUUUCUGAAUUUUUAGUUGCAAAUUGCUUUCUUUCAUGGAGUUUCCAUCAUCCUCAAUUUUGAAGCACCUUGUUCAUAUAAAAUUUCAGCCCUUUAUACUAAACGCAAUUUUAAGACCUCAGUGUCCAGGGGAAUUGAAGGGGUAAGGAAUACUACUUGUCUCCUGCAGUAGAAAUAUCUGUCAGUGAAUUAGAUUUCACAUCCUAUAACUUUUUAAAAUUUCUCUAUUUUACAUAUUUCCAGAUUUCAAAUAAUUGAAUAGCAUUGAUGGUUCAGAAUGCAUUUAAGUAUACUCUGUAAAGAUCCUACAGUCUUAUGCCAUGGAUUGCUAUGCAGACAAUAGAAAUGGGCAAAAAUAGCAUGAAGGGUCUUGCAGACUCUAAAGAGUAAAGGAUUAUGUAAAAUUUUCAAUCGUGUAGUUAAGAGUUUGUUAAAUAAAAGUCAGAUGAGCUUUUUAAUGUGUACAUCUUAGUAACCAGUGAAUUGACCAUCUGGUCGUGUGUUUCAUCACAGUCCUACAUGUUUAGUGACAAAGCAGGUGACAAAGCAACACUCAUUGUCACCAAAAAAUGUAAAUGCUGUUGUGCUCUCUGUCUUGUGGUUCUCAAAUUCUGAUGCUUUCUUGGUAUUUCAUCUGGUGAGAACAUACUUUGGCUUGAUUGAAUGAUAGUUACAUUUGGUGAGAUGUUGGCAAAAAGUUUGAGAACAGGAAGAGUAACCUUCAAGGGCCACGUGAAAGAAUUGGUGGCCACCUCUUUCUGCAAAGGUUAGUAACCUUGGCUCAUUCUGUUUUGUACCCUGAUCAGACUAGCAAUUAUUGUCAGUGGAAAUUUUUCUAACAUGCCUUAAAAAUAUUAUGGUUUGAUCCAAAGACCCACUUUUACUUUAGCUGUUCUUGUAGGGUUUUGUACUUUCUUACAAAAGCAGCAUUUUUUUUAAGUUUUACUGUUUUUUUUCCUUUUAAUGUUGCAACUUUAAUUCUUGUAAGCUGUAAUAGUGAUGGUAACUGUUGCCUUUCAUUUUGUUCAGCCUGUGCAAAACAAGCCAGCAUCUGAUCAAAAGUGUUACACAAAAGUCUUUCUUAAACAUUUGAAAGGUGCUUUGAUCACUUUUUUCUUUCGUUUGUACAAUUAGAAUUAGCUUUUCCAACUAGUAGUACCACAGUUACCAUCACUUAUUUAUGGGAAAACUACUGGUAUCUGCUCUCCUGUGUAAAGAAUGUUGCCUAAAGAUGUCUGCCAUUUGUUUUUCCGAGGAUUGUAUGUACGUGGGAAUAUGUGUGCAUGUGUGUAUGUAUGUGGAUUUUUAUUAUUGUUAUUAUUAUUUUGUUCCGAUCAGUGUUCUAUCUUAGCACUGGUUAGGCUUCAAUUGUGAAGCUCCCCAACCAAUCAGAUGUUAAAAGAUGAUGGGAGUUCUUGUUUUCUGUUUAUCUGUGUCAUUGUGCAUAUGUUAAAUCUCGAUCAGGGUUUCAAGAGUGACUGCAGUGGGUUUUGGAAACAGACUUAACAUUAUUGAUUUGGGGUUUCCCAGAGAUUAAUUAAAUAUAGUUCACAGUUAAUUAAUGAGCUCUAAUACAACUGACCAUUUAAAAUUGAACAACAGUUUAUUGUUUUGUAACAAUGUCAGUUGUUAAACCUCGCCGUUUGGGAUAAAACAAGAAUUAUACAUAGAACUCAAUGCAAAUUCAACAGUUGUAUUUGGAGUUAAAUUAUUUUAACAAAUAAAUUUAUUUAAUGAAACUUC